AUGGGAAAAGAUUAUUAUAAAGUGUUGGGCAUAGCAAAAGGCGCCGCAGAAGAUGAUAUUCGGAAAGCUUAUCGUAAAAUGGCUUUGAAGUUUCAUCCGGACAAAAAUAAAGAUCCUGGAGCCGAAGCAAAGUUUAAGGAAGUGGCAGAAGCGUACGAUGUUUUAUCGGAUCCAAAAAAACGUGAAAUCUAUGAUAAGUUUGGUGAGGACGGCUUGAAAGCCGGUUGUGAAGGUGGACCAGGUGGACCGGGUGGCUAUCACUAUGAAUUCCAGGGUGAUCCGUUGCGUAUGUUCACACAGUUCUUCGGCAAUGAUGAUCCGUUUGCGUCAUUUUUCGGUGGAGGGCCUGGUGGUCCUCAGGUGUUCUUCUCAACCGGAGGUGAUGAUCUGCAUGGAUUUGGGUAUUGUAGUAAUGAUGAUGAUGAUGAUGAGAGUAAUGACUAUAUGAUGCAUUCAUCACCGGUAUUUUUUAUUGACGAUUUUUGCGGCCGUAAUCGUUGUCGUAAUUCUCCUUUUGCUAGAAGACAUCAUUAUCCAGAUUUUCGUUAUUCUGAAUCGACUCCUCGAGAAGUUUUCGUCGAAGAUCUUUUCAUGGAUUUAUUCGAUGAUCCUCAACCGCCAUUUUAUUCGGCACUUUAUCCCCCUCCUCCUCUCCACCCAACAAAUCCAUUCUAUAAUCCAUUGCUCAUCGAUCACUCUUCACAUCCAACUGGAACUGCAGCCCCAAGAAGAAUGCCGCAGUUUGGUAUGGGUGGACAACCGAUGCGACGCCAACAGAAUCGGCAAGAUCCGGCGUUGCAGCAUGAGGUGCAUGUUUCACUGGAGGAUAUUUAUGAGGGAUGUACGAAGAAAAUGAAAAUUACAAGAAAGGUUUUAACGGCCGAUGGUAAAUCGACCCGUCAAGAAGAUAAAGUGUUAACGUUGAAUAUAAAACCGGGUUGGAAAAGUGGCACAAAAAUAACGUUUCCACGAGAGGGCAACCAAUGUCCCAACCGUGUGCCUGCGGAUAUUGUUUUUGUUAUCCGCGAUAAACCGCAUCCCAAAUUCAAGCGUGAUGGUAGUGAUAUUCGUUAUGUACACCCGAUUUCAUUACGAGACGCUUUAUGUGGUACUUCAAUUGAAGUGCCUACGCUCGAUCGUAACAGACCCUCUAUUUCGAUGCAAUUGAACGAAGUCACUAAACCAAACACAAAAAAACGGUUGAGUGGACUGGGUUUGCCGAAUCCGAAAUAUCCAGGAACGCGUGGUGAUUUGAUAGUGGAAUUCGACGUUAGAUUUCCGGACAAGAUAUCACCUGAUAUGAAAGAAGGACUUCGAAACUUUUUACCUGAAUGA